AUGGGGUUUUGUGCCUCCAAUGCAAAAACCUCUCUGCUGCUGCUCCCCCAGUAUGAGAACCAGACGAAGCUGGCGCUGGUGGGGAACUGGGGCACAACUGGCCUGACGUACCCCAAAUACUCGGAUGUCACCGGCAAGAUCAAGCUGCCCAAGGACAGCUUCCGCCCCUCCACAGGCUGGACCUGGGCCGGGGACUGGUUCAUCUGCCCGGAGAAGACGUUGCUGCACGACGUGGACGCCGGGCACCUGAGCUUUGUGGAGGAGGUGUUUGAGAACCAGGUCCGGCUGCCGGGAGGCCAGUGGAUCCACAUGACCGAUGCCUACACCGAUGUGAAUGGCGAGAAGGUCCUGCGUAAGGAUGAGAUUGAGUGUCCUCCGGGCUGGAAGUGGGAAGACGUGGAGUGGGACACGGACCUCAACAGAGCUGUGGAUGAGAAAGGCUGGGAGUACGGCAUCACCAUCCCGCCGGACCGCAAGCCCAAGGCCUGGGUGCCGGCCGAGAAGAUGUACCACACCAACCGGCGACGGCGCUGGGUGCGGCUUCGACGGAGGGACCUCACGCAGAUGGAGGCCAUGAGGAAG